AUGCUGCGCACCGCCGUUGCUCGAGGCGGAAAAUGCCUGGAGCAAGGCGCUCGCUCCACUGUCGUGCGCCAAUGGCAGAAUGGCAGCCGGCUACGGCUAUCAUACCAAGCGCCUGUUUCUAGGACAUACGUAGAUGCACGAUCACCUGACAAAACAGUGCUUCCUGGCAGCCAAAGCGAAACGACGGCCGGCGUCCCUCAAGCACCCGUUCUGGCCACGCCCACAAGCAAUCCCAUUCCGUCCCCCAUCCAUACUCCUCCCAAGACUCCGCCGACCCCCGCCCAAGUCAACGCGACGCCUCCUGCUCCACCCACCAACACUGCCAAUCCGCCUCCUGUGAGCCCUCCUCCACCUCCGCCCAAGAAGAAGGCUCGCUUCACGCGCUUCUUGCUGAGUCUGGUCAUUCUCUCGGCGCUGGGAUAUGCAGGCGGUGUCUACUACUCCCUGGUUAACGACAACUUCCACGACUUCUUCACUGAAUACGUGCCUUUUGCUGAGGAUGCUGUCUCCUACUUUGAGGAGCGCGAAUUCCGGAAGAGAUUCCCAGGUCGCAGCACAGAUAGUGGCAGGAACUGGCCGCAGACACGCGGCGAGAAUAAGGUCACCGUCGCGAGUCACUCUGGCGUGGUCCCGCGUGUUGCUACAAAGGACAACAAUGGGGAGGAUCUAGGUCAGAAGGGAAGGCAUUCGACUGCUACCGACGACAACAAGCCCAACCCCAAACCUGCCGAGCAAAAGCAGGAACCCACAAAGCCGGAAGCUCCGGACGUCUCUCACAAGCUUCUGCCCAAGAAGGACGAGAAGGCUAGCUCAGCAUCGGAUUCGAAGCCAGCUACGCCCAGGAAGGACAUCUCCACCGUGGACCACAUCAAUGCUCCAGAAGCGCAAGAGCCUGCUGUGCAAGAGCUGAUCAAGCUUGUGAACGGCAUAAUAACAUCCAUCAAUGCAUCUCCCGAAUCGGCCAAGUACGAAAGUACAGUGGCUGAGGCCAAGAAUAACUUGAACAAGGUCAUUGCAGAGAUCAAAAUUGUCCGUGACAAAGCUGCACACGACGCCAACACCCAGGUGAAGAAUGCACAUCUCGAGUUCGACCAAGCUGCAAAGGAACUUGUGCGCCGUCUUGAGGACGAGAUGCGAGAACAGGAAACACGAUGGCGGGAAGAAUACGAGCAGGAACGUGAGAAGCUUAGCAACAGCUACCAGCAGAAACUUUCCGCCGAGCUGGAUGCUGCUAGGAAGGUCUUUGAGCAGAAGAACAGGAACUCUUUGAUCGAGCAAGAGAUUGCUCUCCAGAAGAGGUUCAUGGACGAUGUCAAGGGCAAGAUUGAAGAAGAGCGCAAUGGCCGUCUCAGCAAGCUUGACGAGCUGUCCACAUCUGUCAACGAGCUCGAGAAGCUCACUACACAGUGGAACGAGGUUGUGGAUGCCACUUUACAAACACAGCAUCUUCAAGUCGCACUCGAGGCAGUGAGAGCGAAGUUGCAGGAGUCCGACGUGCCGACGCCGUUCAUCAGCGAGCUCGUGGCCCUCAAGGAAGUCAGCAAGGACAACGACGUUGUAAAUGCAGCCAUCGCCUCCAUAAAUCCCGCCGCAUACCAACGCGGUGUGCCAUCCGCGGCAGCCUUAAUCGACCGCUUCCGACGCGUAGCAUCCGAAGUGCGAAAAGCCUCUCUGCUACCAGAGGACGCUGGCGUCGCCUCUCAUGCAGCGAGCGCUGUCCUCAGCAGAUUGAUGUUCCAAAAGAAGAGCGAUCGGGGACUGCCUGAGGGAGAUGAUGUAGAAGCCACUCUGGCGAGGACAGAAGCCCUACUCGAAGAAGGUGAUUUAGAUGCCGCGGCUCGUGAAAUGAAUGGCCUGAGAGGUUGGGCAGGUGUUCUUUCUAGAGACUGGGUGGCGGAAUGUCGAAGGGUUUUGGAAGUCAGACAAGCUGUUGAUGUCAUUUCUGCCGAAGCGAGAUUACAAAGCUUGUUGGUCGAGUAA